AUGACUGAUGAGAUCAGUCUGGAUUUCAAGUGGUGCUAUCAGCAAGGUAAAGUUCACGGUUCUCUCGCACGUGCCGGUAAGGUCAAGGGUCAGACUCCCAAGGUUGAGAAAGCAGAAGGCAAAAAGAAGAAGGUUACUGGCCGCGCAAAGAAGCGUCUCCAGUACAAUCGUCGUUUCGUCAAUGCCGUUGCUUCUUUCGGCAAGCGCAAGAUGAACCCAUCGCCCAACCAGAAAUAAGCCAAUCGCUUCACAUGUCGUCCGUUGUUGAAACUGCUCUGAAUGUCUGGAUUGCUGGACUGGAUUUGCGUUGCUCCUACGUCUACCUUGUUUGGUCCUAUUUUACUUCUACGGUUCUCAAAUGAAACAGAUAUUUUUGACGU